AAAAAAUAAUAAUAACAUAUAUUUAACAUUCCAUUCAAACUCCUGUUAUUAUAUUAUAAUUUCGUUAUUAAUCAUCUUUCACUAAAGAUCUUCCCAUUUUAGGUAUAUUCUCUAUAAAAAGUUUCUAUUAAGAAUCACUAUUUUGCAUUCCUUUUUAUUUUUUUUAAUUGCUAAAUUAUUAUGAAAGUUGCUGCUUAUCGAUUAUUUGUUAAUUUCUUGUCGUUUUACGAACCUUUCCUUAUAAUUCUCUUGCUGUAUUUGGAUUACUCUUUGAAAUAUCACAUGAAAGUUAUUUUUCAUUCUAAAUUAUUUAAGGUAUUUCUUUCUAUUAUUAAAUGAUCAAUAAAGAUUGAUAAUUGUUAAGUAACUUAUGCGUUUUUG